UUGGCUCACUCGAGCAUUGUGUGGUACACUCUGCACCUGCCCGUCUAGGUAUAAAACUGUGCGAUCAACAUUCCACCAUUCGCUUUUGGCGUGUGUUGACGCUCUUCGCGUGCACUUUGUGCUGGUUUGAAUAAUCGCAACAGCCGACAGCCAAGAAGACGGCAGUGCUUUUCAGCUGCUGCACGCUACUACUAUCCACCGCUUUGCAAAAGCAAGCCGCCGCCUAAGACACUCUGGGAAAGGAAGGCCACACAGAAGACGAUGUCUCGUUCGAUGCACUCCGAUGUCUGCGACGUCUACCUCUGCGUCGCGCCGAUCCAGAACACCGGUUCUGCAAGCGCGACUAUGCUGUCGUACUUCGCUUCAGCGUCCAGAAGCGUUUGCGGGGAUUCGUGGGAGAAGCACUGGCUGGUGAUCUUCGACUACGGCGAGGACGCGGUACUCAUCUGCGACGCAGGCAUGGACCGUGAUGGAGACCUGACGGGUUGCAAGUGCUGGAAGAAGCGGACAGUCCUCAAGGAGACCUACUGGUACAAGAAGUACCUGGGAAAGCUCCGCCUACCGAAGACCUGCAUCGACGUGGUCAUGCAGGAGAUGUGCGACUCGGGCCGCUACCACCUGACGAAGAACAACUGCCAGAAGUGGGCCAAGGAGCUGCUUCGUUGGCUGGGCAUACAGACGCCCCCGGGUGAGCGCGACGCCCAAGCCGUGGUCGAGGAGGUCAUCGAGCCAACCGUGUUAGUGGGCAUUGAGUCUGCGCUGCUCUAUUGCGCCUGGAGGGUGGCUACGUUCGUCUUGACCAUGGGACUCCUUUAGGAGCAACAAGACCAGCAGGAAUGGCGCCGUAUUCCUUCGCGGCUGAUUCAGACUCCGCUUCGCUGCACCUCAGCCGCACGUCAAUCGAUGAAGACGCUUGUCUAGAGAUUAUCUUGCGCCCAAACCUUUUGCGUAGUACCGGGCUGCCGGAGUAAUCGGGGGCGCAGGCGUGAGCGGCCGCCUGGGCGGCGUAGAGCUUUAACUACACAGCACACAUGCGUAUCAUUGCAGGAACUAGCAUAUUGUACUUUGCUGCUGGCGUCGGCAGCGACGGAAAUCCUUCAGAAAUCCUUCAUAAAAUUUUGGUUCUGCGAGAAUACCCAUGUAAGAUAAAACAUAAGAACUAUAACGCAUUCUGGUUAGGCAAAGUGUCGGUAUCAGCGCCGUUGCUGCUGACCAUAUCUCUGGUAACCUGCUGUACGGUUUAGGUUAAUUAAUCUAUUUACGGACGAGCUAAGAACUUCCAGACGUGCUAUAAAAAUUUUCACUUCCUUAAACCCGUUUUUGCCGCCUUGUGACCACUGGGCACAAGUGCAUACAGAAUUUAAAAGAAAAAUGCAAUACUUGCUGUCGAUUUCAAAAAUUGCUUCAAUAGGAUCGGAGUUAAAUAAACGAAGUCAUGCGCCUACAAAACUGCUAUUCGGGAAGGAAAUGCUAAAAACACACACAUAAUAAACAAGUAGUAAACGACACUCUACUUUCAACUGGCAACCUUCAGUACAAUGCGGAAGGUUGCAUUAUGAAAUGGCCACGGCGGCCGCAUUUCGAUGGGGGCGAAAUGCGAAAACACCCGUGUACUUAGAUUUAGGUGCACGUUAAAGAACCCCAGGUGGUCGAAAUUUCCGGAGUCCUCCACUACUGCGUGCCUCAUAAUCAGAAAGUAGUUUUGGCACGUAAAACCCCAUAAUUAAAUUUUUGCAUUGUGAAACAUGAUCGAAAAGAAAUGCUUAAUAACAUCACUGUGACACCUUACUUUUACGGACAUGAAAAUAAGGUUACCAUAUUUCAAAUAAAACAGGCGGCAAAGGUGCAAAUCUGUCGCCGCCCCUGUUUUGAAAAGUUACAUGCUGUAAAACAGGAUUUUUGUUAUUCUUUGGUAAUUUACCCUCUUGGCAGCCUCCGAGAAGCGUACUUCUUAAACAAUAGUAACCAUGUGAGUCCAACAAAACGCGAAUAAAGCAUUCCUUAUUUUCA